GAACAACAUGAACAGAGGCAACAACAUGACCCGACGUGUUACCAAGUGAAUCCGAAUAUUCAAAUCAAUAAUCGCUUCGCUGGUCUUAGUGUUGAAGAACAUACCGAAGAAGUGUCAAUGCUGCAAGUCAAUGCUGCAAGUCAAGUAACCCGAACGUUCACCGAAACCCGUCAGAAGGAGAGCUGGAAAGCUUCAGCUAACAGCUUCAGUGCUGAACAAAAGGGGUCGAAUACCACUGCAAAGAAACACGAUAAAAAGGAUGAUCGACAACUAAAGUGUCACACAACAGUGCCGAUAGGCGACUCCAUGAUCAAGAAUAUUCGAGGGCCAUAG